GCUUCACCAGGACCCACUCUGGACCAUGCUGACGCGGGUGAAGUCUGCGGUGGCCAGCUUCAUGGGAGGCGUGAUGGCCGGGGGCACCAACGGAGAGCACCCGGGCUGCGGCGGCGGAGGCUCGGACCUGCCGCUGCGGUUCCCGUACAGCAGACCGGAGUUCCUGGGACUCUCGCCGGACGAGAUCGAGUGCUCGGCGGAUCACAUCGCGAGACCGAUCCUCAUCCUGAAGGAGACCAAGCGGCUGCCGUGGUCCACCGGCUACGCAGAAGUGAUCAAUGCAGGGAAGAGCUCAUUAAAUGAGGACCAGGCCUGCUGUGAGGUGCUGAUGGUGAAAAGGAGGCCGGCAGGAAGCAGCACACCCAACCGGACCCCCCAGAGCCGCAGGAGGUCCUCCCUGCCCAACGGAGAGGGCCUGAGUCCCCAGGAGAACCUGCCCACCAGUACUUCACCCAGUCCUACCGAGAGCCUGCAGAAAACACAUGACGGCUCUGAAGACCUAACCUUCCACUACUGGGCGUUGUUCGAUGGCCAUGCCGGCUCCGGGGCAGCUGUCAUGGCCUCCCGCCGGCUCCAUCACCACAUCGCCAUGCACCUUCAGGAGGUGAUGGAGGUCCUCUGCACUCCCAACCUGCUGCCACCCACAUGCCUGGGCGAGGAGCCCAUCAAUCACCAUCUCACCCCCACAGCCCAACGCGCCCUCACCCGGGCUGCGUCUCUCCGGGGCGCUGCAGGGGCUCCCGGGUCACCCAGCACGCCACCCACACGCUUCUUCACGGAGAAGAAAGUUUUGCAGGAGAGCCUGGUGAUCGGAGCCAUCGAGAAUGCCUUCAAAGACAUGGAUGUACAGAUUGAAAAGGAGAAGGCAGUCUACAACAUCUCAGGUGGCUGCACUGCUCUGGUGGUUGUGUACGUACUGGGGAAGGUCUUCGUUGGGAACGCUGGGGACAGCAGAGCGAUCAUCAUCCGAGCCGGGGAAGUCAUCCCCAUGUCAGCAGAGUUCACACCAGAGUCAGAGAGACAGCGACUCCAGUUCCUGGCGUACAUGCAGCCCCACUUAUUAGGGAACGAGUUUACACAUCUGGAAUUCCCCAGGAGAGUGCAAAGAAAAGAGGUCGGCAAGAGGAUGUUGUACCGUGACUUCACCAUGUCGGGAUGGGCAUAUAAAACCAUCGAGGACGAUGACCUCAAGUUUCCUCUGAUAUACGGCGAAGGGAAGAAGGCUCGGGUGUUGGCGACCAUCGGCGUCACAAGAGGUCUUGGCGACCACAAUCUGAAAGUGCACGACUCCAACAUCUACAUUAAACCCUUCUUGUCCUGCUGCCCUGAGGUCAAAGUUUACCCGAUGUCACAGUGCGAGCAUGGAGCCGACGACGUCCUGGUUCUCGGGACAGACGGUCUGUGGGACGUCCUCUCCAACCAGGAAGCAGCUGAAGCCGUCACCUCUUUCCUGUCAAACUGUGACCCCGACGACCAACACAGGUACACGAUGGCAGCUCAGGACCUCAUCAUGAGAGCACGCGGCGUGCUGAAGGAUCGCGGCUGGAGAAUAUCCAACGACCGAUUAGGCUCCGGAGACGACAUCUCCGUCUACAUCAUCCCCCUCAUGUACGGCAACAAGCCGAAUUAGCACAGCGACUGAAACUGCAACAAGGCACCAAAAUAUUCUGAAUCCUGCCGUGAACUCCCAAAUUUCACUUCUGCAGUUUCCCUCAUUCCCUCUUGCUCAGUUUUUAAAAGUGCUUUAAGUAGGGACUUCCUCUCUGUCGCUGAGGGAUCCGACACUUCACAGGUCAGAGGUGGGAUUUCGGCCCAGGCCAGUUUGCCCCCGUUAAUCAUCCGAAGAUGAUUUUCCCACCUCUUUUAUUCUCGUCUUCUUUUUAUAGAUAGAAAAACUACUGGACGCCCACCUGCUGAAUCAUGAAAAGCUGAACUAGAGAUUUCUCCUCCCCUUAAUCCUGGAAUUCUGUAUUUCACCGAAGAAGCCAUCUGGAAAACCGAGAUGGUUAUAUACAUCUCAGGAUCGCUGUUACUAACUAAUGCACAAUAUUUAUAAAUGUGAACUUGUAAAUACUCCCAGACGAUGUAACACAUUUGAUAAGUGUAUUUGGUUGAGCACCUGUACAGUGUAAAAAACUAGCCUGAGGACUGAUGUCAUGUAUAUAUAUGAAUUGUACCUCCUCUGUUCCAUGUAGACGUUUUAAUGUAGCCAGGUUCAGUCAUCUGCGAUAAUCUGUUAUGGGAAUGGGGAAAAAAAACUUGUAAACGUUCUUCAGAUUGUACAUCAGCUGUUUCUUCUAAUGCUGCGUUUAUGAUUCCUGCUUAUUUGUACCCCUAGCAUUGAACUACUGUACUCACUAUUAAGGAAAAUGGCUUUCUUUUCAAAUGAAGUAACACGUUUGUGAAGAAAACAAAUAGGAGGGGUCCUGUGUAUCCUGCUUCCAUCCUCUCGUUGCACUGUUCAAUGUAGCCCUGCGUUUCAAUCCAUUCUGAGUUCAGAAGGAAAAACAAGUCAAAGUCUUUUCGGUUGCACUUUUUCACCAUCAGCCAUCUACCUCAUAAUGUCCGUCUGUUCUCGUCGACCUCCUCCAGUGGCUGUUUGCACACUACGUCCACUGCAUCCUCAGCUGCUGCCUGUGCCAUUAUAAACUGACAUUCCCCUUUUUGCUUAUGUAGGUACAAUAUUUUGUUUAACAAAAUGUAUUCAGAAAAGCAGUAAAGCAAAAACUACAAUUACUGUCCUGCAGUUGUGUGCCUCUGCUGCCCCGUACAGUUUCAGUUCCUCCAGGUGUUCCUGACUUAUUUCCUUCACAAUACCUUUAGGUCACAGUGAUUUUUAACUUUUAACCCUGGAAAUCUAAUCAAUUAAUCUUUGAGUUGAGUGACAACUGGUCAAAGUUUGAAGAAAUUCCUAAAGGCAGAACUGAGACAUGUUCAAGAGGCAAAUACAUGUUUUGUGAGGCCACUGUGACCUUGACCUUUGUUUACCCAAAUCUAAUCAGCCAAUCAGGUCAAAGUGAACUUUUGUGCCAAAGUUGAAGGGAUUCUCCAGAGGCGUUCUAGAGAUAGCGUUCACAAGGCAAAAAGGGUUUUGUGAUGUCACCUUGAACUUGAAUCUUCAACCACUAAAUUCAUGAUUUAAUCUAAGUGACGUUUUGUACCACAUUUGUAAGAAUUCCUGGAGAUGUUCCUGAGCUGAUGGCGUUCACAAGAUCAAAUAUGUGUGUUGUGGGGGCCACAGUGACCUUGGGCUCCGACAUUCAACCCAAAAAAUUUGAAUCAGUCUAUUGAUGAGUGCAACUGAACAUUUGUACCAAAUUUGAAGGAAUUCUCUCAAGGCGUUUCUUGGAUAUUGUGUUCACAAGUACGCAACAUAUGAGGCAUUAAAAGAAGAAAAAGUCAUGCAGGUCCCUCUAAAGCUGCUAUUAGACAUGCACUGGACUCCACAUUUCCUCCGUAUUUUCUCUUUUUUCUGGAGGAGGUGCAUGAGAACAUAACAGGGGACCCCCCUUGAUGACGCUUCGAACAUGCGACAGACGCAAAAAUGAAAAAACACAAAGAAAAGAAAUAUCUCCCGGUAAGAAAAGCAUAGAAGACACAGACGAAAGAGGUCAAGAGAGUUUGUGGUGAUAGGAGCUCACACUGGUGUCGAGAUGAUGUAAACAUUAUCACGUGAUCUCCGCAGCAGAGUUAACAUGUCACUUCCUGUCUCUGUCUGCUGCUCCGCCUCUCGCCUGGAAAACGCGGAGGAUUUGUUGCUGUUGUGAACGUGUCUGUGCAGAGAACCUCCUGCUCUGUGUUGCUUGUGUAAAAGGCAAACUGUGGGUAAAGUCAGUAGCCAGUUCUCAUGUCUGAAAACGGCUUAACAGUGACAAAUGCCGAUUGUAACGUGCUCGUUAUAAGCAAGUAUAGAUACGAUAUUCCGUCCCUGAUUCAGUUGUUUCCCACAUUUCCCAUCAUUUAUUUGUGCUUUUCAGCUUCUGUAUGAUUGUGUCUUACCUGCUGUACGAGCUGUUGAAGCUGGUGAAACAUGAGUAAGUUAAUUUAAAUGUAAAAAAAAUGUGAAUAUCCUCUUUUCCUAUGGAUUCUGUUCUCCUAUCUUUCACUGUAAGUGAAGCUGCAUCUCUAACAAAAACGUAAGAAGGCAUUUGUAACGUUUUGAAAAAAUGGUAACAGUGUAAAACAUUUUCCUUUUCUGCUCUUAUUAAAAAACAUCUUGACCUUUCAAA